AGCAACUGGCCUCUGUGAAAGCAGCAACCAGUUGGUGACGGAGGUGCCUAGAGCCUAGUAGUGGCAAAUUGAGAGAAGAGGGUUCAAGCACUUGGGUGCUUGCGUGCUUGGAACCACUGGGGUCCCAAGGCAAGCAUGGGACAGAGCAAUGAAGAAGAGACAGAGAUUGAGCUGGUCCCUAAGCAUUUGGAGAGGUUGCCGGACCCUCAUGAGGGUGCUAUUGCUCUUGAUUUGCGGAUAGAUGUGCACCCUUGCCAGCCGUGGGUUUUGUUCACGCCUGACGCGAGAACACUGCACAUCUGGAACUAUGAAAAUAGGAAAUUGGUAGCCUUAUGGCGAAUCCCGGAAGUGCAUGAUGCUCGGGAAGCGAAGUUUAUUGUCCAAAAGGACUGGAUUGUGGUGAGGCAUCGCGGAGGCUUCCUUGUGUGCGAAUUCCAAGCUUCGAGCUUGGUGCAGGACAUGGCAACAACGGACGGCACGCCAAUGGGUGAAAACCAGGCUCCAGACCUGACCCUUAUCACGGUGCAAGAGUCUCUCGUUGUGAAUAGACUGGUGGUACAUCCGAACUUGCCGUACCUGUUGACGGGUGGUGGCGGCGUUGUUUUGUGGAAUUGGGACCAGAACUGGGAGAGGACCACAUUCAGGGGUCACAUUCUGGCGGUAACCGAUGUGGCCUUUCAUCCGUCAGAUCAGAUCAUCUUAGCAAGUGCCUCGUACGAUGGCACAAUCAAAGUAUGGAACACAGAGAGUAACUCGGUUGUUCGUACCCUUCGAGCGGCCGACAUGGAGCGGGCGUAUAAGAUUCAGUUUUGCACAGGACUCCAGAAAAAGCUACUUGUGUCCACAACAAACUGUUUGCAACCCUACGCUUGGGUGUGGAAUUACGAAACCGGGGAUUGUGUGGCCAAACUGGAAGGAUCUGGCAUCCUCUUUGCCUUCUUCCACCCCCACUUUCCUUACAUCUUUACGGCAGCCAAGGGUGGAGAAGUCAGAGUAUGGAGAGAGUCAAAUUAUCAGCUCGUGUCGUGUCACUGUCCGAGGUCGAGCACCGCACGCGGUCCUGUUGUCGGGAUCAAUCCAUGCAAGGACUCCAAUAUGCUGAUUCUUGCGCUACGGAGACAAUUCCAAGUUGUCGAGGUUAGGACGAGAGCAAGACCAAGGGAAAAGGACGAACAAAGGAGGGAGGGAGGAUCUCGGUCUGCAGAAGACGUCUGCACGGGUAUUCCGUUCGUCGCCAGUGAGGAGCAAAGACAGGCAGCGUCGACAAAGAAGAUGGAAGGUUUGGAAAACCUGGCCGUCAACGUCAAGAUAGAAUACGAGACGGAAACAGAGGAGGAGAUGGUGCCCACCGUCGAGCUGCAAUGCGAGAAGUCGAGCGAUGAUUUCAGAACAGAGAAACCCGUCGAUGAUCUCAGAGCAGCAGAGUAUUUGAAGAUUGAGAGCGUCCGAGCAAAGACGGCCACUCAACACCCGGAGAAGCAGGUCCAGAAUGCACAUGCAGAUAAGGUGGCAAUGGUGAAAGAACUGGAGAAGUCAGAUCUGGCGAUCCAGAACUUGCAGGUUGUCUUGCACAAUGAAAUCGUUGUACGACGCAGAUCGGAAGAAUUGAGAGCGCGGCUGUCAAAGAGGGUCUGGGAGCUGGAGGGGGAGAAAGAAAGAUUGGUUGACGAGUGCAAGAAACUCAAGCUCAGAAUUCUCGAAUCAGAAGAGCAGAGAUCGCUAAAACAGCUCGGCAAAUCUUCUGAGGUGCGGCAGUUUUCUCUCAAUGAACUCCAGGAUGCCACGGACAACUUCGAUCCGGAAUGGAGGUGUGGUGAAGGGGACCAGAGCGGAACUAUUUACCGGGGUAAACUGUGUGACGGGACCCCUGUUUUGGUGAAGAAGGUAAGGGCUGCUGGUGCUAUGCCGGAGAUGGACUGCGGCAAGUUUAAGACGGAGGUGGUCGACAGGUUGAGGAUGCUUCAUCACCCCCACUUGCUGACCCUAUUGGGCGUCUGUUAUGGAAACAACUGCAUGUUGGUUUACAGGCAUGAGGCGAACGGAAGCGUCAAGGAUUGGAUAGCUGGCGGAGGGGUGCACAGACAAGGAGGAUAUAUGCCAUGGUAUGUCCGUUUUCGCGUGAUGGUAGAGGUUGCGCGAGCCCUUUGCUUCCUGCACUCGAACCCACUGGCACCUGGUGCUCCUAUCAUCCACCGUGCUAUAAAGCCAGCAAACAUUCUUCUUGAUAAGAACUUUGUGGUGAAGAUCGGCGACCUCGAGCAUGCACUGCUUGCGCCACACUGUGCUGAAGGGCCCCAAACGACCGGAAAUUCCAUCAGUGCGUUCCUGGACUGUAAUUCUCAGUACAUGGCUCCAGAAUGUUUCCGGUGCAAAAUUUUCAAUGAGAAGACGGAUAUCUUUGCCUUCGGCAUCACUAUUUUGGAGAUGCUGACUGGAAAAUUCUGGGCUGCCCUGGAGAUAAUGGAAGACGCCGUGAAAGACGAUGCAGCUUUUAGGAACACGCUGGACCGCAAUGCAGGCUGUUGGAAUGUGCAAUUGGCUAGAGAAGUUGCUGAGAUGGGGUUGAGUUGCGCCAGUUUAGACCGACACAAUCGGCCCAACAUGAUGGAUACCGAUGUGGGCAUUCUACCGGUAUUGGAGGCGGUUGCGCAAAAGGCAGAGCUCAGAGAACUGGCAGACAACGCACACCUGACCUAGAAUCAAGGACGAGGUUUUUCCUCCGGGAGAGGUGGGCUUGGAAGCAGCCAUCCUUUGAAGAAAGUGUAAGAGCUCACUGGUCUAGAUUCCGCGCGCCGGAAAUGGAUUUUGGGGCUCAAGUGGUUCACCGAAGCGACUGGACAACUUCUUAGGAUCGCAGCCCCUGUUUAUUUCGGUAAUUUUUUUAUUUUUUUUUGUGGGGUCCGGAGCAGAGAUGAAGGGGAAUAACCCUCCGGCUGGGACACUCACAUCCAGGGGGGGGCUACAGAUUGCUCACACAUGGAUAUAGGAGAGUAGGAGUAUGGAGAAGGAACCAUGUAUGGGAGAGGCAUAUGUGUCGAAAUCUGGGUAGUCCCAACUUGCCGACAAAGUGCUUUAGUCUGUCAUGUCUACCAUUUUCACCACGCAAAUCGUAUUACAACUGUAUUUAUGUUUUGAGAGUACCUGAAGCUGAGGCAAAGGGAGAGGUAGAGCUGGGUGCAUGCAGCCCGACCGCGUUGUUGUCGUUUUUGCUGUGGUUGUGGCUGCUCGGCUUCAAUGCCUGGUGAGUAGGACUCAGUUGAAUCUUAGUUAGUUUUUUCUUUGUAGUGCAGCCGCUGGGUUUAGACUGGGCGCAGCCUGACCACACUCUGUUGUUGUCGCUUUUGCUGUCGUUGUGGGGGUUCCCGGGAUUUGAUCGCUGAUGAGUGUUUUUUCUUUGUAGUGCAGCCGCUGGGUUUAGAUUGGGUGCAGCCUGACCACACUCUGUUGUUUUCGCUUUGCUGUCGUUGUGGGGGUUCCCGGGAUUUGAUCGCUGAUAGAGUGUUUUUUCUUUGUAGUCCAGCCGCUGGGUUUAGAUUGGGCGCAGCCUGACCACGCUUUGUUGUCGUCGUUUUUGCUGUCGAAGUGGGUGUUCCUGGGAUUUUAUCCCUGAUGAGUAGGAGACUGUGGUUCGCUUCAGGCUGGUAGUCUAGCGAGUUGGUGCGCAAGCUGUGGCGCAGGGCAGAAUGGGCCGCGGGGGUUGCUUUCUUUGUAUUCCAGCUGCCGGGUUUUGAACCCCGGUCUGUAGGACUUCAGGCUGGUAGUUUAGAGAGUUCGUAGUUGAGCUGUGGCACCGGGAAGUACCGGCCUACAUAGGGCUUUCGUUUUCUGGUGCGUGAAACGGAUUCAUCCUGGCUGUCCAAUUUAUUCGUUCGGAGCCUAGUCUUUUGAAGUUAAAGGCAAGCGGGGGAAGGACUUUGGUUGAGCAGCCAUAGCUCUGCUUUGUGCUCAGCGUAUAAUCUGUGUCACAUGACGGAGAUGAAUUAAAGAUGCAACCAUGGCUGCUGCAUAUUACACAGUCAAACAUCAAAAGUCUAGAAUUAAUUAAACGUUAUUUUGCUCCCUCCUUUCUUGCAUUUUGAUCUGCACUGUGAGGUGGACCAACCGCACAUAAAGAUCGACAGGUGGUGUGUGUCUAUGAUGAUGAUGAAUCGACAAUGAUGAUGAACGAGUUCGACGUAGAGAGCUUGCGAUCAAGCUCGUGUGACUGAUUACCUGUUUGAUGUAAGCUAGCCAGACAUGGUGUGGCCUACUCGCCUAGAAGACCAGGGCCGGCGUUUUGUUAAAAAAAAGAAGGAAAAAAAAAAAAAAAAAAAAGCAAGACUUGGUGUGAAUGAGAGUGAAUCUGUCUGAAUUUUCAAUCCGGCGCGGUUCGAACUUUGAAUGGUAGGGAUUGGACAUUGAUUUUGAUUUUGAUUUUGAGUUUGACUUUGACUUUGAUUUUGAUUUUGAUUUUGAUUUUGAUGUCAGUGCGGAGGGGUCAAGCAUGCGUUCUGUUGAAGUUUUGAACUUUAAACGUAG